CAUCCCGGGCCCUGAGCUCUGCCUGGGGAUGCUGACAUGAACAGGGACCCAGAAGAAGUGGCUGCCACCAUCCCUCCUGUCCCAGCAGGGGGAUGCUGGCUAAGGUCACCAGCCUAGUUGGUCACUGCCAGGACCCCGCUACCCCUCAGGUGCCUCCAGCUGAGCCCUGGAAGGGCGGGUCUCAGUGAGCCUGGACGGGGAAGCACCCAGUCUCUCAGUCGCUCUGGGUGGGGGGAGGGGCGAUGUGAGACAGGCCCGUGCAGCUCCCAGCUCCUUGUCUGUCACCUUUCACUUUCCUUCCUCCCCGCCCACCUGGCUGCCAGUGUGACCUUUUCCCCUUUGUCCUUCCUCAUGCACCAUUUCCUCUCCCUCCUGAGGCUGGGUGGAGGAGGGUGGCAUGUGGGACCCUGGUGAGCAGAAGCUCACCCCAACCGAGGCCCCAGGCAAGGAACUGCAGACAAGGGGGGUGAGCUUAUGGAGUCGGGGCUGCCCAGAGCUGUUUGGGUGGGAAGUUUUGAAUGAUGGUUUGGGAUGGAGAAUGGGGACAGACCUGCAGAAACGGGGUGAGGUUGAGGGUCCUACAAGGGGGUACGUGGCCACACUAGGGAAGGGCAGAGAGGGAGGAGGGGGUAAGAAUGAGGGGGAAGCCAUUCCAGGAAGCCAGAAUCCAGUGGCAGGUUGGGAGGGACAAGAGGGUCCAUGGAAGAGCCCCGCUCUACCGUGGUCCCAUGGACACCCGGUUGGGAGACUUGGGCUGCAGUGGGCCAUGAGCAGGACGCCGUGCUUAGGUCUCUGGCUCAUCGUGGGAGGUGAGGCGGGGGCCUCCUUUCUCCUGCGCCCGCUGGGCCGGGCCAGUGGACCCUUCCAGCCAGAGGCCAUGAGGCCAUGGGGCUUUUACCACCUGAGGGAAAGGCUGGUGGUUGGGAUCCCCCUGGACCCCACUUCCCACUGGUGGGGACAGCUGAUGUCCUGCCCCUUGUCCCUUCACCCCAGAAGAGAGCAGGGAGGGACAGGAUGUUGGAGAGAGGGAGACAGAGCGACAGAUGCUGCCAUGGAGGGAAAACUAGGUGCCGGGGAAGACAGCUGCUGGUGGCAAGCAGGGACGGGGAUCCUCUUCCACGAGCACCCUGCCUGUCCCCAGGUUGCCCUUUCCCGCCUUUCUGCUCAUGGCUCCUUCCUGCCCAUCCCCAGGAGUUGUGCCCCUGCUGCUGGUUCUGCACUGGAAACACGGGGCAGGGAGCCCCCUCCCCAUCACCCCUGGCAACGGCACCUGCGCCACACGCCACCCAUGUCACAGCAACCUCAUGAACCAGAUCAGGAACCAGCUGGCGCAGCUCAACGGCAGCGCCAAUGCCCUCUUCAUUCUCUAUUACACAGCCCAGGGGGAGCCGUUCCCCAACAAUCUGGACAAACUGUGUGGCCCCAACGUGACGGACUUCCCGCCCUUCCACGCCAACGGCACGGAGAAGGCCAAGCUGGUGGAGCUGUAUCGCGUCAUCGCGUACCUGGGUGCCUCCCUGGGCAACAUCACCCGGGACCAGAAGCUCCUUAACCCCAGCGCCCUCAGCCUGCACAGCAAGCUCAACGCCACCGCCGACGUCUUGCGGGGCCUCCUCAGCAACGUGCUGUGCCGCCUGUGCAGCAAGUACCACGUGGCCCAUGUGGACGUGGCCUACGGCCCCGACACCUCGGGCAAGGACGUCUUCCAGAAGAAGAAGCUGGGCUGUCAGCUCCUGGGGAAGUACAAGCAGGUCAUCGCCGUGGUGGCCCAGGCCUUCUAGGCAGGGGUCUCGGAGUGCGCCAUGAACCGAGGGAUUUAGGGAGUGGGAUCCAGUUGUGGGGGGAUCUCAAGGGGUGGCCAGGGACACACCAAGCCCAAAUGGGGGCUGCUGGCAGACCCCACGGGGUUCCUAGCUGUCCACUGCACGCCGGGUGGGCUGUGCUGGAACUGAGCAGGGUCGUCACUUCUGUGGGCAGGGCCUACGGCCAGCGCUGACUCGAAGAAGGUGCCCCUUCCUCUGGGAGAUGCGACCACGUGUCGGAUUGGCAAGGGGGGUGUGGGCUGGACUUCUGCCCCCUCUUGUCCCCUCAGUCCAUUGCUCACUGUGCAGUGAGCAAACCACACAAGUUGUCUGCAGCAGCCCUGGCCACAGGGCGAGCCAGCAGGGCUCAGGAGAGUUGCUGGCCCCAGCGAAUGACAGCCUUUGCUGUCCCUUGGGUAGACUUCGGAAGGCUCGAGGGGCACUCGAGUGGGCCAGAGGUGCUGGGAUGCCAGAGGACACCUUGUCCUCUAGAAGUUUGGUGAGUGGAAGACAGAGAAGGGGCCCUGGGGUGGGCUGCUGUCUUCUCGUGAGCUCAGGCUUAGGGACUGUCAGGUGGAAGUUUCUAGAAGGAGGCCACUGGUGUGCAGGCUUUUGGAGAGGCAGAAAGGCCACCUUCAGGCCUGGGAAGGAGGAGAGACCAUGGAAGCCUUAGCGGGCUCGUCUUCUCUUCCCUGCAGUCUUCCCUGCAGCCUUGGCCAGCCAGGGUCUGGCGGUCACUGGAGGUGGGUUUGUGCAGGUGAGCAGGGCAGGACAGGUUGCGAAGGUUCUGGGAGACCCAGCGUCUUCCUUCUGGGCAGGGUCUGUGGGGGAAGGGCUGGGGUGGCUCAGAGCAGCAGUUCCCAUCUGAGGCCCACAGAGGCCCUAUGAGGUCACACAAAGGUACUUGAGGGAGACCAGAGGCCGUCUCUGGUCCCUAGUGCAAGGGGGCAGUAGAACUUGAGGUCAAGGUCUCAGGGAAGCCUGAGGUCCAAGAAUGCUGUGUCUGACCCAGCGUGAUUUCUAUUUAUUAUGAUGUCCUAUUUAUAUUAACUUAUUGGUGCUUUCAAUGGCAAAGUCAAUUCCCCUUUCCUGCUCCUUAACUCAACAAAAAUACUGUGCGGGCUCCUUACACAGGAGCCAGCUCUGGGGCUUGGCAGGGCCUGGUCUGGCAGGCGGUGAUGUUACAAGUGGAACACGGUGAAGCUCAGAGAAGUGUCAGGAUCUGAGAGAACUCGAGGCCCGGGUGGAGGUGGGGGACCUGGCUCCGUCCCCCAGCCCCACUGUGACUCCUUUUGGUGGUGUCAGGGUCCGGGCUAUAGGGGCUAGGCCAGAUGCUUGAUUUUCUUGGCCACAGGGGGCUGGUUCACCCUGUGCUCUGGCACCCCUGGCUUUGUGCAACAAGCAGCACCAUUGCUGAUUGAAAGGGCACCCCCAGCAGUGGGCAAGGCAGCCCUGGUGGCCUGCCCCGUCGCUGUUCCCUUGCCCCCAGGCUGCCUCUGAACUAGCAGUCAGGGGCCCUGGAACAGUCCGCAGCACCCAGCAUGCUCCCACGCGGCGGGGAAGCUCCUCCGGUGGCCCGAACACCCACGGAGGGCGUGGGGGCCUGGCUGGACCCCGGGAAGUCGGAGCAGCGGUGGGGAAGCAGCCGCCCCUCCUCCAGGGAGGGCGAGCGAGGCCUGAGACGGCUGGGACUCGGACCAGGAAGCUGUGGUCCCUCCUGCCCCACCCCCUCCCACUCCCACCCAUGUCUGGGCUCCCAGGCGGGGAACCCGAUCCUUUCCUUUCGCUGGGGCCAGGCAAGUGGAGAAACGCCCUCCGUCUGAGAGCAGGGGAGGGACACGCUGCUCAGAGCAGCCGUCUGAGCCCAGAGCAGGGCACUCCUCCAAGUUCAGCCACAAGAUUGUGGCACUAAUGAGGGCACUUCACUUUGCACCUUUCUCUGGUGUUCUCUAAGCACUUUACCUGGAUGGCAGGUGGGCAGGCCCCGAGGCCGGGUGGGCGUGGCGGGCUAGGAGUUGUCCAUCCCAACAGCGAGACUAAGAUAUGGCUGUUUGAACGUGGGUCGCAGAGGCUUGGCGUGGACCUAGCUGCGCUCCCCCAAGCUGGGCUUCCAGAAGAACACACUUACCUGGAAGCAGGGGCCUGCCCACUCUCCGGUCACCCCGCGGACACGGAUGCUGUGUGGGGCCCCGCCGGGCGGCUCCAAGGGCUCAGGAAGCAGAGUAUCUCCUUGCUGUCCGCACGGUGGCCGGCUCUGUGACACCCUCCUGCCCAGCCUGGACUCAGCCCUUGGGCACAAACCUCAGCUCUGUCCAGACCCCGCUGGGCUGCACGGCACCACUGAAUCGGGGAGCCCUCGUGCAACACAGCCUCGCGGGCUGGGAGCUGCACUUCUGUUCCUUUUCAUCUGCUCUUGUUGGCCACACCUGUCCCUGGGCCAGAGGGGGAGGGAGGCACCAUUGGCAGAGGACAGGGCAGGACAGUCACUUUGUAAUUUAUCAGGAGAGAAGUAUGGGGCCCUUAUUUAUUAUUUAAAAAUUGAAAUGAAAAAGCACUGCUAGUUUAUUCAUCUCUCCUCCCGGUCCUCCUCGUCCUCUUCUUUGUCCCUGGCUGCGGGACGUCCACCCUGGCCCAAGCAGGCCGGCUCUGCAGAGGUGACGUAGCGCAGCGGGUUGGAGCCCCGGACUCCAGCGAGGUAGCGAUUUCCCUUCGGACGGUACAGACGGGUACCUUAGACCCGUCUCCAGUCCCCACCUGACCCCGGUGCCACGUGCUGGCCCGGUGGCCCACCGUGUGGCCUUAGAGGUUUCCCUCCUGGCUUUCUGCUGGAAAGGACUUGGCCUUGGGUUACAAUUUCCUCUUUGAUGAAUGUACCCUGUGGGGAUGUUUCAUGCUGACAGAUUUUUUAUUUAUUCAAUGUCAUAUUUAAAAUAUUUAUUUUUUAUACCGAAGGAAUACUUUUUUUUUUUUUAAGAAAAAGGAGAAAUGAAUAAAGAAUCUGCUCUU